UUUUUUUUCUUCUUCUUCUUCUUCAAAAACAUGGCUGAAGCUGGGACAGGCUUUCUGGAGCAGCUCAAGUCCUGCAUCGUCUGGUCGUGGACUUACCUCUGGACCCUGUGGUUCUUCAUCAUGCUUUUCCUAGUCUACAUCCUGAGGGUGCCUUUGAAGAUCAAUGACAAUCUAACCACAGUGAGUAUGUUUUUGAACACAUUAACCCCCAAGUUCUAUGUUGCCUUGACAGGCACUUCUUCAUUAAUUUCAGGUCUUAUUUUGAUAUUUGAGUGGUGGUAUUUUCGCAAGUAUGGGACAUCAUUCAUUGAGCAGGUCUCUGUGAGUCACUUGCGCCCUCUGCUGGGUGGGGUGGACAAUAACUCCCCCAACAACUCUAACACAAGCAAUGGGGACUCUGAUUCAAACCGACAGAGUGUUUCAGAAUGCAAAGUGUGGCGAAAUCCAUUAAACCUAUUCAGAGGAGCUGAGUAUAACCGAUAUACGUGGGUGACAGGAAGAGAACCUUUGACCUACUAUGAUAUGAAUCUUUCAGCUCAGGAUCAUCAAACGUUCUUUACAUGUGACACAGAUCAUUUACGGCCUGCAGAUGCCAUAAUGCAAAAAGCCUGGAGAGAGAGAAACCCGCAAGCCAGAAUUUCUGCAGCACACGAAGCCUUGGAGUUGAACGAGUGUGCCACUGCUUAUAUCCUCUUGGCUGAAGAGGAAGCAACAACUAUUGUGGAGGCAGAGAAGCUGUUUAAGCAGGCUCUGAAAGCAGGAGAGGGCUGCUACAGGCGUAGCCAGCAGUUACAGCACCAUGGAGCCCAGUAUGAAGCCCAACACAGACGGGAUACUAAUGUGUUAGUAUACAUUAAGCGGAGGCUGGCAAUGUGCGCAAGAAAGCUGGGAAGGACCAGGGAAGCUGUAAAAAUGAUGAGAGAUUUAAUGAAGGAGUUUCCUCUGCUAAGCAUGUUCAACAUCCACGAAAACCUGCUAGAAGCUCUGUUGGAGUUACAAGCAUAUGCAGAUGUUCAGGCAGUUUUAGCAAAAUAUGAUGAUAUAAGCUUACCAAAAUCAGCAACGAUAUGCUACACAGCUGCACUGCUCAAAGCCAGAGCUGUCUCUGACAAAUUUUCUCCAGAGGCUGCCUCAAGGCGAGGGCUGAGUACAGCAGAGAUGAAUGCAGUAGAAGCUAUUCACAGAGCAGUAGAAUUUAAUCCACAUGUGCCAAAAUAUCUACUAGAAAUGAAAAGCUUAAUACUGCCCCCUGAACAUAUUCUGAAGAGAGGGGACAGUGAAGCAAUAGCAUAUGCGUUCUUUCACCUUCAGCACUGGAAAAGGGUAGAGGGGGCACUGAAUCUCUUACAUUGUACGUGGGAAGGCACUUUCAGAAUGAUCCCCUAUCCUUUGGAAAAAGGACACCUUUUUUACCCAUACCCCAUCUGUACAGAAACAGCAGACAGAGAACUACUUCCAUUAUCAGGCCUAACUGGCCAGUCCUGGAAAUGUCACACACUCAGAACUGCGCUCCCACACUGUUUCCCAUUGAAAUCAAGGGGACUUGGUUGGAAAGCACAGGUGCUCAUGCGGAGAUGUUUGCAGGAUCAGGUUCCAAAAGGCAGACAUAAGAUGCACUGGGGGACUCAAAAAAGGGAGUAAAUUUAAAUUAUUUUUUGAAAAAUAAAUGAAGAUGUGCUUGUGUUCCGUUUGUGUUUGUGUCUCUCCUGGAAUAGGUCUUUCUUUUAUAACAACUCCAGUUCAGGCUAAGUUAUGUUUAACUAUUCUUAAUAAAUCUGUCUGGGUAAACUGUAGGUAGAAGUAAUAUAGAAAGAGUCCCCUCAUUGUCAGGCCCUUCUUUCGUAACACAUUCUCUCUGAUAUUACACCGUAAUUCUUGGCAACCAGCUCUAUCUCCCCACCCCACUAUAAUCACCCUAAUUAUAACAAUACCUCUUAGGACUCUCAGAAUGCUUUACUCCAAGGGAUACUGUUAAAUGAAGGGUGGAGUGCCAGGGAAAUUUGGGAAUGACAAAUUGAUACAGAAUAGUCAGUGUUCUCCCUUCUAGGUGCAAAAUUAAUUGGUGUUGUCAGAUGUUAGAAGCAAGGGACUCUUUAAUACUGAACAUUGAUGGUAAUGUUUUGCUCUGAUAAUUGUGAGAAAUGCCUUUUGCUGUCAAAUCUCUUGGGUUUGAGAAGAGAAGGUUUUCACAUACUUUGAGAGACACAGGUUGUGUAGAAGUCCUUUACACCACAUGCCUGUCUAAACCUUUAAUUGCUUACAUUUUAAAGGUAACUUUCGGUAGGUAAUUUGAAGGGAGAGUUUCUGCUGAAAUGAUAUCAUAGCUCUGGGGUUUGCAUGAGGAACAGUUUGCUUCAAAUGAAAGAGAGAUUGAAAAGAUUAACUCCAGCUAAGUACAAACAUCAACCAAACCUAAUUUUUGCUUUAACUGGUUAAUGAACUACAACAACAGAUUGGAUAUUUCAGUCAAAGGCAGUAGAAGUGGGAGCCUGCAUUAGAAUGUUUGUGCAAUUGUAUUUUCCCAACUCUAAUCUGCAAUUUGAUACUUACAUAUGUGAUUUAAAUGAAAUUAUCUAACCAUGUUUCUCCUGAAAACCGUAUGCUGACUUUUUUAAGAGAACAAGAUUUGCAGGCCCCAAACUCUAACACACUUGAAAUGGUAAUUUUUAUUUUAACCAUUCAAAGAAGCCUUAUGGGCCCAUCAAAUGAGAGCUGCAACAGUCCAAACUGGAUGUUGUGCUGUUCUAUACCAUGCUGCUUGACUGCCCUGUUCCUGUGACCCGGCAGGGGCAAAAUAAGCAGGCUUUGAGCAGGAUUCUUGCACAUCUUCAGCCAUACCUGCCCAUGAAAAUGGAGAAGGCAGGCAGAGUAGAAGAAUGGUGUGAUAUGUAUGUAUACCGCCAUGACAUUUAAAAUUAAAAAACAAGCUGGUAUGGUAAGUCGAACUUUAGAUCUACCAGCUGGGAGAGUAUCCUUUUAAGAGAAGAACUAUUGUCAUUUGAAAGUCAAGCACUGAUCCUGACUAGAACUUAAAAGUAGGGAUGGAAUGGGAGACACAGUUCGACAAAACAAGAACUGGCCAGAACAUUUGCCAAACUGGCCAGAUCUCCCAACCUGAAGCUGAGCCAUCUUAAAAGGUUUGAUUAAGCGAAACUUUCCUCCAGGCAAGUUCCCACUCUCAGCUCUGGCAUACUUCUUCCCGCAAGAGCAUAUUGUGAGUCUCUUCAGGCCCAAGCCAGAGACUUUUCUGUUUCCCUAUUAGUUGGUAUUGAUUGUUGUUGGAUUUUUUUAUUCCUCGCAUCAUAUGGUGGUUUGUAGAGUGGUUUCAUUCCCUGCCUUUAUUUCAGCAAGUUUCCCUAGCUUGGAUAAAUUACAUUAGUUAAUGCACAUCAGCAUAAAAAAAAAUGUAUUAUUAAUAUAUGAAGAUGCUGAUCAUGGUGAUGAAGAUGCUGAAGGAAUCAGCUAGUGGUGGAAUGGAAUGGAAGGGAGGCUAUGCUGGGAGGAGUCAAGGAAGGCACAGAGGAUUGUAGUGGAAGGAAGAGUCUGUUAAAGGGUAGGGAAAUGGAAGAGGCGUCUCAAAUGAUUCUGGCAUUCAGAACCUUUAGAUGCGUCUUCCCCCUAAACCAAACCUUGGAACCUUUGUGGCUUCUAUGUAACUGCUUAACCCACAUGAGAAGGUAUUUUACCUAUACCAUGUUUUUCCUUUCUGCUUUCCU